AAGCUCACAUCGGUAGUAGCUGUAUACAACAUACAGUUACGAUUAUUGCAGUAAAAAUAUGAUAUUUGGCAACAUCGUCUGUAAAAUAUAGCACCAAGAUGCGUAAAAAGCUGUAUAUAUUUCUUCUCUUUCUAUUAAUCAUAUCGACUAAUAUUGUUCUUGGUAACGGCGCUAAUAAGGCAAAGAUAGCAAAACUCGGCCAAACCAAACACAACAGCGUCAGAUCAAAUGGUGACCGUAUAAAAAGGUCACUUUAUGAUGAGGACGAGAGGAAACUGAAGAAACCUAGUGGGGGACAGAAAUAUAUUCAUGACUACAAGACUACGGCAGACUAUGAUAACAAACUCACAAAAGGAUUGCCAUUUGGAGCAAAUAGAGUUAAGCGCUUUGACACUAUUCAAGAUAAAGUAUAUGAUAUUGAAAAUUCAGGAGAUUUCAAUAGUAAUCCUGUAUUUCUUAAUAAGUACUGUAGCAACUGUUUUCCAACAAAUGAUAGAUAUGAUGAAUUAACUGAAAAUAUAAAGCAUAGAAGAGAAGAUAUUGAGGAGCCGUUUUGGGGCAACCGUGGUAGGCGCAGUAACGAAGAAGUUGAAGACUUGUCCCCGGGUCCUUUCUGGGGAAAUAGAGGAAAAAAACAAGAAGACGAUCCGUUUUGGGGUACAAGAGGUCGAAGACAAGAUGAUUCCCCUUUCUGGGGUAAUAGAGGUAGACGGGACGACGAACCAUUUUGGGGUAAUAGAGGUAGGCGCCAAGAUAUUCCUUUUUGGGGUAACCGUGGAAGACGUGACGUUGUUGAACCUUUCUGGGGUAAUCGUGGGAGGAGAGAAGAAAGCGAACCAUUUUGGGGUAAUAGAGGUCGAAGAAAGGAAUCUGAACCAUUUUGGGGCAGCCGUGGAAGGAGACAAGAAUCUGAACCAUUUUGGGCUAAUCGCGGCAGAAGAGAUUCCGAUAUUUUUUGGGCCAGUCGGGGUAGAAGAAAACAAGAUUUGGGACAGUCACUAUUGGACGCCAUUGACGAUGUACAAGGUAAUAUAGAAAAUCUAUCGCGGUUGAAAGACUCACAAACUUCUUUUUGGGCCAAUAAGUCGCGAGAUAGAAAGUUAAAAAGCAUAUUUACCGGAACGGCAUCUCGUCUACCACAUUUACCGAGUAUGUACAAUACAGGGAUAGCAAACAAUUUGAAAGGUUCAGAGCCUGGUACGGUGCAUGAUAAUCAAAUGUAUGCAGAAGAGCCACAUUACAUCAUAGUUGAGAGAAGUAGUCGUUCUUCCGCCGAGGAUGAUCCAUAUUUUAUCUCAAGAGGUAAAAAAUAUUCUAUCAACUAUGACUUGUCUCAAAUUGCAAGGGAUAGACGUGGUGCGAUCGAAGAAAUAGUUAAAUCAGUCCGAAAUGACCCUUACUACAUAGCUAGAGGCAAAAAAGACGUAGAAAACGUUAAAAUAGCAAAUUAUACAAAGUUACAAGACGAAUUACAAAAAGCGAAGGAAUUAAUCUGCUCUACCAUUGAAUUAUUAUCGAUAAAAAAUAACGGAAAUAAAACCAAGAGAACCUUGGACGAUAACGACAGAGACAGACGGACAAUUUUGAAAAAAUUGGCGGCUCAGCUGCAAAUUGACCCGUAUUUCGUGAGCAGGGGGAAAAAGUCAGACGAAUCCAACAACAUCGACGACCAUUUGGAGGAUUUUAUCAAUGAAAUUUCUACACAAUGCAAUUAAAACCUAACCGAAUUGUGAACAUAAGUUUACCGCCAAUAUUUAAUCGGUGUUUAAUAUAAAAGUAUAGUGAUAUUGACAAUGUACUAUUUAUUAUAUUUUUAAUAGAUUAUAAUGUUUAUAUGUA